GCCGAGAUAUGCAAAGGAUUAUCAGAGUUUGUAUGUUAGUCAGAAAUCCAUCAGAGAGUGAUUACGUUUUCCUCUUUACUCCGAAAAUAACGCCCCUCACUUCGCAUCUUGCUUCUUACGCCGGUACACAAACAUAUCGCGCAAUCACGCUCAUUCUGAGGCCCCAUAUGUCGAUCUAUACUCGCGAGGGCAUCGCUUCGAGGGCAAAGAUGGCCUGCGGAAGAUCAACGAGGCGCGUUGCUGCGCAGACAAGCACGACGGCUGAGGCAACGGCCGAACGAAAAUGUAUGACACUUCUUCUUGCGUAUAUUUUUUCGUGUCGGUAUGUUAAACGAGAGGCGUCGAGCGAAAGCAGCGAUCGCGCGCGAUACAGAGUGAUAGCGAGGCAAGCCGAGCCGAGAAGAGAGGAAUGCAUCGUCUUCUAUUCGAGCGAUUCGAAUGAAAGAGAAUCAGAGGAUGUUGCGGCCAACGAGGAAAAUAAAACGGAGCUUAUCGCUAUCAACGUGUGCAGAAACGAGCAAAGGUGAAGGCAUGAGGAGAGAUCGUUACUAAAGAAGGAUAUAGCGAGACGGGGGUGAAAAUCGUGCCACGUGGCCCGCGGGUACUCCAGGAAGAACAAGGGGAGAACUUGGACUAGCAUUACCGGCCCCGGCUCUGGCGAACGUGAGUUACCUUUACUGCGUUUGCUAUUCUCCAUUGUGCAUGACUACGAUACGGGACCGUGUAGGGGAGGCUGCGAGAGAGAUCGCAUGAGUCAUACCGAGGCGAGCUUCGUUCGCAUUGGCGUAGCAUUUAAGUCUUCUCGAAGGGUAAAUCCUGCCUUUCGACAUUUAUUCGUUCACAAUUUGCUCCCAGACAGCACCAAGCUCCAAA